UACUCACGUAUUUCGUCGGCUGCAUGAAAUUUUGAAUUUCAGUUAGAUACAAAACGUGAACGAAGUCGGUUGUCAUCAAGCUUAAGCUCUGCCAUCGUCAGUCAGCGAUUUCAUUUGAAUAUAAUUACAUUUUUGAAUCUAGUCGAUAAAAGCGGGAUUUCGUGUGCUGUGUGCCAACGUACAGUGUAUUGUUCAAUUGUUGAUUUUGUGGUACAUGUUGGGAAUACUUGAGUUUUAGACAAAUAUAAAAAGGAAAACCAAAAACAAAAUACCACGGCCACAUAACUGUGGGCGUACUCAAAAUUAUCCAAAGGAAAGAGGAAAACAAAAGCAAAACGAUAUACAAUCCGUUCGAUUGAAAUUGAGUUAGGAAAAAUUAUAACGUGCUUCAUCUUAAACAUGGCAUAUUCAUGGGACAAUCGAGUUGACUUUGUAGUGCGUUACAUGUACGACAUUGACAACAAUGGUUUUUUGGAUUCGAAUGAUUUUGAGUGCAUGGCAUUACGCGCCUGCAUCAUCGAGGGUAAAGGUGAUUGCAACCAAGCCAAAUUGACCGAAUAUCAGCACAUAAUGCGCAGCCUGUGGGAAGAAAUAUCAAACCUUGCUGAUUUCGAUAAGGAUGGCAAAAUCAGUACAGAUGAAUUCAAACAAGCCGUUCAGAAGACAUGCAUAGGCAAAAAAUAUGCCGAUUUUCCGCAGGCAAUGAAAGCAUUCAUCGAAGCCAAUUUCAAAAUGAUGGAUAUCGAUGAUGAUGGAAUCAUUGGAGCCAAGGAAUUCCGCUACAAUUGCAUUACUCGCGUCGCUGUUGAAAACAUUCAAGUUGUUGAUGACGCAUUCAACAAGCUGUUGGAUGACGAAGAUCGACGACGGGGUGGCUUGACAUUGGCAAGAUACCAAGAAUUGUAUGGCCAUUAUUUGGGCAACACAGAUGAGGGACAUCCUGGUGUCUACCUAUUCGGGCCAUUGAGCUUAUAAAUACAUGUUUACAACAAAAACAACACACAUAUUUUUUCUAAUCUAUUGGAGUCAAGUUUUUUCUUCAACAUUGAAAAAACAAAAUAAAAAUAUUUUCCAUUCUCUCUGGAGUUGGAAUUAAAAAAAAAAGAAGAUAAAAGACAGUUAAAACUAAUGAAGACAAUUACUAUACCUAUAAUUAUUUAACUUAUUUAUUUUGUUUGUACCGUAAAUUUGUUUAAUCGCAUUGAUACCCAAGAGACGAUAGCCGACGUGAGCAAAACAAAAAUUAAAAUUAACUAUAUGUGCGAGAUAUUCGAAAAAUUCGACAAUCAAUGGACAAAUAUGAUUUACUGGUCUUUAAUUGACAUUUGGUGUUUUUAAAUGUACAACUUUCGUGAAUAAAAAUGUGUUUCUAGCAUUGCGUGUCAUAAUUCAUCGAGUCACGUAUAGUUUUAUCAAUGCUUCAUUAAUAAUUGAAGCUACAUAAAACCAUAUUUAUGACCAUGCUGACUCUUGCAUUGCCUGAACCAAAUAAUUUCUAUUCAUAUUUUCAAAAUGUAGAAGUGUUGUUCAAAACGUGAAUUGAUUUGUACUUUUUCAAACAAACGAAAAGAAAACAGAUGAUAAAAAUUACAUUUUAUUUAGCUCAAUGCAAUGAAAAUUCUUUCAUAUUCAAGAAUGAGAACACUUUGAAACGGUAACGGGACGAUUACGCAUUUCUUAGAAUGUGUUAUUGCUCAACAUAAAAUGAACUUUAUCUAUUUUUCUCACUCAUUAUCCGAUCAAAAUGUAUCAUUGUAAGGGAAAAUGAAAUAAAUGUUUACUUAAAUAAAACGGAA